UCUCUACUUGUAAUAAGUUGUGGGAGUUCCUACUUUUGUACUGUUGGGUCAUUGCUGCUUUACUACCUUCAGCUUGAAAUCAGGAUUUGUCUACCAUCUACAUCGAGUUUCAUCUUUGAAACCAGCCUCUGCAGUUCAAAUUAAUUCCUCAAGCAACUGAAAAAAAAAUUGUUGAAGUUGGAUUACUUUCACACAUGACUCAGAAGGAGAGCAUCUCCUCUAAAGAAUGAAACAACAAGACCAAACAACUGUAGGAUCCUCCAAACUAACUGUUGUAAUGCUAUGACCAAGGUUAUCUGAUGGGACGCAGAUGGAUGGACAGCAACACAUAACACUCAUCUAACAUCAGGUGUCUGGUUUUUGGAUGGCUGAGUUGUGACCACCAUCAUGCCUGAGAUGCAGGCCUUCUAUCAGCCACGCCAUACCAUCCGUUAUCCCCCAGAGUUCCACCUGGACCCCACCCUGAUCCAGCGGCGUGUCCUGGAGGAUCAGGUGGAGCUGUUGUGGUUCAGAGAGCCACGCCACUCCCUGCUGUGUUACUGUGCUUCAGUCGCUCUCAUACUAGGGCUGGGCCUUGGCGGCGUGGGCCUCCUCUCCACUACCACCAGCCUGUCCGGGGAGUGGCGUCUUGGGGUGGGCACCACCCUGUGCCUCUUGGCCCUGGCUGUUCUGCUCAAGCAGCUCCUCAGCUCUGCCAUCCAGGAUAUGAACUGUGUGCGCAGCCGGCGUCGGAUCGACCAGCUGAAGAGCGGUGGGCAGGCUGACCCAGCGCUGAUCCUAGCUGUGGGGCUGGCAGUGAUGCUCUGUGGGACAGUGCUGCUCUGUGUGGCCACGAUUGGCAGCCAAGGUUAUGACAGCAGGGAAAUGUUGGUGUCUGGUCUGGUGCUGAUGGCUGCUGGGCUGGGCAUGGCUCUAGCAGUAGUGGGCUAUAAUGUGCUGGUCUACCUGAAGAGGAGAAGAGAGCAGAGGAGGAGGAGGAGGAUGAUGAGAGUGAGCAGAGCGAGGAGGCCGGGGACUCAAGCUGUCAGGGUGUUCAGUGUCUCAGGGGGACAGGUGAGCCAGACCAGGAGAGAGACAUCCUCCAGCAGGACCAGCCUGAUCUGAAUGGGCUAAACUGGCAAAAACACUCAGCGGGGAAAAAAAUCAAAGUCUGUGAAAGGAAGAUUAAAUUAAAUUUGUAAAGCAGACACAAGUGAAAGGGAAAUAAAGAUAGAAACAACAAAGGAGAUGAGAUUGCCCAUUUAAGACUUCACAGCUCUUGUGGUAUUUAUCCAGUUAUUGUUUUGCCAUUAGAAUAAAAUGGACUACUGCUGAACAUCAUCAAAAGAACACCUGCACAUAAUUGGUACCAAAAAAACACACCGCUGUGCAGGUUGCUGUCAAUAAUGGAUCAAUGUACUGAUAAGCACAUGUAUUGCAUGUUUUUACUGUCUAAAUGCACCAUUAUUAAGCUUGAAAAUAAAGACUCAGUAAGUGUUCACACUAAAUCCUUUGUGUGUUCAUGGCACGGA